GUUCGCUGUCUACAAGACCUUUUGCGCCGCUUCACUUUCAACUUUUUGCCAUCCGAAUCAACAAUCAACCCUCGAUUUUACUUCUUUACCUCUUCAGGAUCCUCAUCCUUCCGCGUCCACAUAUUCCUUCUCACACAUCAAACACUUUUCCACAAUCUUCUCCAACCUUGCGGUCCUUUUCGCGCCCACCCUCCGUCCCUAAUUCCCUCAAACCUAGGACCGUCAUCUACGUCCACUUUUCCAGCGCAGAUCAUCACUUGACAAUCACAAACACUACAAGCAGUGCAUGGAGACCACUCUAUUCUCUCUUAGCUUGGUGAAGGAGUCGAUAGAGGUGGUUCACAGUCUCAUCAGAUACUCGCCAUCAUGAACAAAGGCCAAGACACCGUCAUCGACGAUGACGAGGAAACAUGCCCUCUAUGUAUCGAGGAGUUCGAUUUGUCCGACAAAAACUUCAGACCAUGCCCCUGCGGCUACCAGAUAUGCCAAUUCUGCUUCAACAGUCUCAAGAACACCUACGAGAAGAGCACUUGUCCCAACUGUCGACGUCCAUACGAUGAAAAGACAAUUCAGUAUAAGAUCCCAACCGCCGAAGAAUUCAAGUUGGACCAAAUGAACAAGAACAAGAAACAAGCUGCUGCCAAGCGUAAAGAAACCGAAAAGCGUGAAGUCGAGUCUUCUUCCCGCCGUAAUCUGGCCGGCGUUCGCGUCAAGCAGCAGAAUCUCGUCUAUGUCAUUGGUUUGAUACCAUCAAUCAAAGAUGAGCAGGCUCUGCUACAGACCCUCCGCGGGCCCGAAUACUUUGGUCAAUAUGGCGAGAUCGAUAAAAUUGUUGUGAGCAAAACCAAACCAGGUGCUGCUAACCAGGGUAUCGGCGUCUACGUCACAUAUGCCAGAAAGGAAGAUGCCGCCCUUUGUAUUAACAGCGUUGAUGGUUCGCUGAAUGGCGAUCGAGUACUUCGCGCGCAGUUUGGCACCACCAAAUAUUGCUCUGCCUAUUUGCGGGGCGAGGUUUGCAACAACAAAAGCUGCAGCUUCCUUCAUGAGACCGGUGAAGACGGACAGCAUACCUCUUUGCAAAACGAACCUCAUGGCGCCCGGUUAUCAACUAAACCCACGGUGUCUGCUAUGACCAACCCCAUUUCUGUACCUCCAAGACCUCUAUCCUCAACCACCAAUACACACCCCUUGUCGUCGUCUGCAAGCAAAGACGAUGAGUUGAGGAGGAAGGAAAGCCAUGAUGGGUCAGCCUUGCCGUCGACUGCAAGUUGGGCCAACGCGAACGCUCCCAUCGCCCGAACAAGAAGAGCGAGCCAAGCAAACAGCAGAGCUACACCAAGUCCAGCAUUAACUCACGCAUCUCUCUCUGUUCCGAAGCCGAUGGAGCCCAAAUCCGAAGAAGUUGCUACGUCCCAGACUCCUGCUGCCCAGCCUUCCAGAGACAACGCCCCUCCUUCACAAGGACCACCACCAAAGGCUGUCACGAAACCUGUCGAUCCUAUUCAAGCACAAUACGACUUUGUUUUACAGGCAUUGUCCAGAAAUAUCCCAUUUAUUUAUGACGAUUCGUGUCUCACUUCCGAACAACGCGCUGAAGUUGAUCUGAUGCCUCAGUUCAUCGACCCUUAUGGUGGCGCAAAACGUCGUGCAAUGCGAGAGCGUGAAGAGGCCGAACGAGCAAAGCUAGAGAGUGAAGCAAAGUCAAAACUCGAGGCUCAGGCAAUUGCUUCUGCCGAGGAAACCUUGGAGGAAGAUGAUAUGGCUGCCGGAAGCCUUGCAUUAGGAGGUGAACCUGAGGAUGAUCCCAGGAGCUUGUCUUCACGAAGUGCAAUUGGUCGACCUUCACAAACCAUUUCCGACCAAUUCUCAAGUCUCAGCAUGGGCAACCGCAGUUUGACGCCACAGCAACGACAAACUUUGUCGCAGCAUUCUUCCACUCGGAACACUGCUUUCGAAAUGUCCGACUUUGAUAGACGCGAACCUCAAUACAGUCAAGCGCAGUUUGAGCAGAUUAGUAGUCAUCAACGUCACGGGUCCAGAUAUUUCAACAACGACACAAAGUCCAACCCGACGACUCGAUUCCCAACCCAGCAAGCAGGCUACUACACCAGCGGCGUUCAAGGUCCUCCACCUGGUCUUCCAACAGCCGGAACGCCCCCAGUCAGCGGGGGUGGAAUGUUUGCUCAUGGACAAAACUUCACCAAUCCAGGCUUUGGUACUUCCAAAGACACAGGUGCGGAUGCCUAUUCUAGGACUCGAAGUGGGACCAAUCAAGGUCAUGAUGCCUCAAAGCUAGAUGAGAAGAACUUCCCCCCCUUACCAUUUCGUUCAGACACCCAGAACUCGGCCCUGCACUCUCGUGUGUCUUCUUUUCACAGUCUCAACAGUUCUGGGUUGCGAUCUUCAACACCGAAAAUCCCUCCUGGCUUCGAGUUGAGUCAUGCUCAUCCUGCCGCUCCAGGCUCUCGUGUCGCUUCACCCGCCAAGUCACUGGGCGCUGGCCCGCGAAGCAUUUCAUCUGCAUCUGGUACGGUGGCACCAGCUGUUCCGUUUCUUCCUAGUGCUCAACGAAUCCCGACCCCCAAACCCAAAUCAACCGAAACGCCGAAAGAGAGCUUGAGUUCCGUUCCCCACGAUGAAAAAGUUGGGCCGGAUGAAAACAUCAGCAAGAAUAACAAUCUCGAUGUGAGUUUUGGUUCGCCAAAGCCACGGGCCCUAGGAAAAUCCAAGUCGAAAGAAGUAGAAUUAAGUCAAGGACCUUCAAAGUCAGCGCCAAUGUCCCGAAAGGAAACGAUUAGCAAGGCAGGGCCUGGCCAAAUCGAGAUUCCCGGUCCGGUCGGUUCGGUAAACGAGGCCAUGGGAGAGUCUGGCACACCAGUCGAUGACUCAGGUGUUGUGGGUACUCCCAAAACACAAAACUCCCUCCCUGCCACACCAGCAGCGACAACCCCGUCAGAGACAUCCAAGGCAUCUAUCGCUCGACCACGAUUACUGAGAUUGACGACUGGAACGAGUGCAAAGAAUGGAUCCGAAGCAGGGCCAUCGUCAGCAGUGACUGAAAGAUCAGGUAUUCUGCCGUCAAUUUUGGGCGCGAAGAAAGGGUCUAGGAGGCCUUCUGUGGUGUCUUCCGCUGCCCAAGAAAGCCGACCUUCAACGCCGGGUUUUUCAGAACGGCCGUCCCAUGAUGUAUCACGAGCCAGCUCCCCUCCGCCGAGUAUCGUGGGGUCAGCUCCAGAUCGUGGCAAGAGCAAGAGUCAACUGAAAAAAGAGCGACGGGAAAAAGCAAAGAAACAGUCAGAACCUACAGAAGCUGUCGCUGCUCCUCCAGUUCCACCUCCAGUUGAAGCAGUCGCCCCGGUGAUCGCUCGACAGAAGAAGCAGAAGAAGCGACCUGAGAGUGGACCAGGCCCUACCGCCGGAGAAUCCAGCGCCUCAGCAUCCAAAACUCCUGCUGAAGAGAAACACAGCAUUCCUACGCCUGCGCCUGCGCCAAGUCAGUCCCGACAAGCCGAGAAAGAAAGUGCAUCCAAGAAACAACAAGGCGUCAAGUCCCAAGAAAAGAAUAAAGCCAGUCCUGUCAAAGCGGCCAAACCAGCGACUACUCAAGACGCACCAACGCCUCCUGCAUCUGCUACGCCAGAGGUUGAACCCGUAUCCGUCAAGGAUGAAGAGAUCUCGGGCCUCCCUUAUACACUUCGCGAUCUGUACAUGGAGGCAGACCGUCUGGCUGGCUCAGAUGGAGCCGCAUCGAGCGCAGUUAUCCAGAAACUGCUUAAUGGACAUGUGUCGCCGAUGUCUAAAAUUCUUAAUGCGAUGAUUCAGAGUGGUGACCUGCCAAAAGACCAUCCUUGGCUGAAUCCAACAUCUUUCAAUUCUCCCGGGUACAAACUCCAGCCUGAUACACGUCGAGGACAAGACUACCUUGAGGGAAAUGGGUACAGUGCUAAUGACGCAUUCGGAUACGUCUACUUGCCCAUGAAGGAGAAACAAGCAUUGAAGGACGGACACGCUGUUAGUGUUGCGGAUGUGGGUGACAAGAAAGAGGACCUACUUAAGAAAUGCCUCGUAACUUCAAGUGGUUGGGUGUUGAGACACUUGAGUGGUUCUGAAAGUGAGAAGUUGCUCGAGCUUGAUGAACGCCGUCACAUGUACCUUGAAGAAUUCGGAGAGGUUGGCUUGAUGGAAGGUCUGGGAGCUCUGGAAGCCGAUGACUAUUCCAAUCUUGCUGGAGGGAUGGACCAUCUCAGCAGAUAUGGUGAGCGUCACGGUGUCGUCUGGGUGGUUGGAGAAGGCGAGCACGAAGACGACAUGCCCGAGGAAGAUGAUGACGAAUUCGAGAUCUACGACGAUGAAGAAGGCGACAUGGAAGUAGACAGCGGGCACCCCGAGGGAGGAGAAUUCGAAAGUGCGGCUGACGGACAGGCUGCAUCAUUCGACAACGCCAACGUUAACAUGCCUGGAGCAUGGGAUAUCCCCCCUCCUGCACCUGCUUCUGAACACCGCCUCCCUGGAUUGGUGCCACAUUCCAAGUCAAGUGCCUUCACACGAGGACGAUCUUCGGCAUCGGGUCCUGGAGGUGCAGCCCAAGGUGACAACCAGGACCAACCUUCAACAUCAGGCCAGGGUCAAUCGAGCGCACUCAUUGGGUCUCGACCGGCCAGAAGCGGGAUGGGCAACCACGGUCGGUCUCACAAUCAUCCUAUCAAUCUACGAGCUCUCGAUAGUGAAGUUCUCACCAAACGAGUGGCUGAGAAACAAAAAGAACUCGAAGCGGCGCGCAAGGAGAUGGAAAAGGUGGAGAAGUUGUGGAACAAGAAAAGUAAAGACAUUGGACGAUGGAGAGAAGGAUUGGCCAAAGCAUGAAGCAACUAACCAGCCAACUCCCCGGAGGUCUGUCUUUGUAUAAACAAAACAAACCAGGGGUUUGUUAUUGUACUAUUGUGGGAUUAGGCACAACAUAGGUAUGGUCAUGGUCAUAGACAGGCGGUCAGCAUCGAAUCCCCCUACAACGUUGGUGUUGGCGGGGUGUACAUAGCUUGGGUAUGGACAGUGGUAUGAACCACUACAAGGCUACCAGCCAACCAGCCACACGUUUUGUCUCACAUAAUUGAGCAUGGACGAAUUAAGAAUUGUCCCAAUUUCAUUCGCGCUAAGACAUU